AUGGCGGAACUCGACACGCUCGAUAUCAUUGUCCUCGGGGUCAUCCUCCUGGGGACGCUCGCUUAUUUCACAAAAGGCACUCUUUGGGGCAUCACCAAGGACCCUUACGCCAAUGCCUUUGCCAACGCUAAUGGCGCCAAAGCCGGGCGCUCUCGCAAUAUUCUCGAGAAGAUGGACGAAACUGGCAAGAACUGUGUCAUCUUCUACGGAUCUCAGACUGGAACCGCUGAAGAUUAUGCCUCCCGUCUUGCCAAGGAAGGGAAAAGCCGCUUCGGUUUGGAGACCAUGGUAGCCGAUUUGGAAGAAUACGACUUCGAUAACCUCGAUGCUAUGCCGAGCGACAAGGUCGCCAUGUUCAUCUUGGCUACCUACGGCGAGGGUGAGCCCACCGAUAACGCUGUCGAGUUCUACGAGUUCAUCACGGGUGAGGAUGUCAGCUUCUCCGAGGGCAGCGACCCGGCCCUGCAGAAUCUCAACUACGUCGCCUUCGGCCUGGGAAACAAUACCUACGAACACUACAACUCCAUGGUUCGCAACGUUGACAAGGCUCUCCAGAAGCUCGGCGCCCACCGCAUCGGCGAAGCCGGUGAGGGUGACGACGGUGCUGGCACCAUGGAAGAAGACUUUCUGGCCUGGAAGGAUCCCAUGUGGGCCGCUCUGGCGGAGAAGAUGGGCCUUGAGGAACGUGAAGCUGUCUAUGAACCUACCUUUGGAAUCGUUGAUCGUGAUAACCUAACUGCUGACUCUCCCGAGGUCUACCUCGGCGAGCCGAACAAGAUGCACCUCGAGGGCACUGCCAAGGGUCCCUUCAACUCCCACAACCCUUACAUUGCACCAAUCGCGGAAUCUCGAGAGCUCUUCAGCGCCAAAGACCGAAACUGUAUUCAUAUGGAUGUUGAUAUUAGUGGUUCCAACCUCUCCUACCAGACCGGCGAUCAUAUUGCCAUUUGGCCCACAAACUCUGGCGACGAAGUUGACCGAUUCUUGGACGUUAUCGACUUGAAAGAGAAGAGGAGCAAUGUUAUCAGCGUCAAGGCACUGGAGCCAACGGCCAAAGUUCCCUUCCCUACCCCGACUACCUACGAUGCCAUUGUCCGAUACCACCUGGAAAUCUGUGCCCCUGUUUCUCGCCAGUUUGUUGCCACCCUGGCUGCCUUUGCACCCAACGACGAAGUCAAAGCCGAGAUGACCCGGCUUGGAAGCGACAAGGACUAUUUCCACACCAAGACCGGACCUCAUUUUUACAACAUUGCUCGAUUCCUGGAUACAGUCGGCAAGGGCGCCAAGUGGACAAACAUUCCCUUUUCUGCCUUUAUCGAAGGCUUAACCAAGCUGCAGCCCAGAUACUACUCUAUCUCAUCGUCCUCUCUCGUCCAGCCCAAGAAGAUUUCCAUCACUGCCGUCAUCGAGUCACAGAUGAUUCCCGGACGAAAAGACCCAUUCCGCGGCGUCGCUACCAACUACCUUUUUGCUCUCAAGCAGAAGCAGAAUGGCGACCCCAACCCAUCUCCAUUUGGUAAAACCUAUGCCCUGGACGGUCCUCGCAACAAAUUUGAUGGCAUCCAUGUUCCCGUUCAUGUUCGUCACUCCAACUUCAAGCUCCCCUCGGACCCCGGCAAGCCUGUCAUCAUGGUUGGACCUGGUACCGGUGUCGCUCCUUUCCGUGGAUUCAUUCAGGAGCGAGCAAAGCAGGCUCAAAACGGUGCUACCGUCGGACGUACGCUUCUCUUCUUCGGUUGCCGGAAGCGUUCCGAGGACUUUUUGUACGAGGCUGAAUGGGAGGAAUACAAGAACGCUCUCGGUGAUAGCCUCGAAAUCGUCACCGCCUUCUCCAGAGAAACCUCCAAAAAGGUCUAUGUCCAGCACCGUCUCAAGGAACGAGCCAAGGAAGUCGGCGAGCUCCUAUCACAGAAGGCAUACUUCUAUGUCUGUGGUGAUGCCGCCCACAUGGCUCGUGAAGUGAACACUGUCUUGGCUCAAAUCAUUGCCGAGUCGCGAGGCGUGUCAGAAGCAAAAGGAGAGGAGAUUGUAAAGAACAUGAGAGCAGCAAACCAAUACCAGGAGGAUGUCUGGUCUUAG